UAUGCGUUUGACUCUCCGACAUAUGCCAGUCAUUAUCACUUAUUGGAAUGCCUUCACGCAGCUGGUGAAACAAUUUCGGUUGCAUCCGAGUAUCCAUUGAUGUACUGUAACGCCUACAAGGAUCUAGAGAGCAAUACGUCCGCGCUCGGUAUAUGCCUUCCAGCAACAUGCUCCGACGAUAGAACUGCGGUAAUUUCAACGUUUGUAUAUCCCAUGCUGUGCACUCGGUCGAGGCAUCUGAAGCAAUGGUAUCAACGAUUUGGCGCACUGUUUGAUUUCAUAAGCAACAAAUUUCUCAUGGCAACGGUAUUCUGCAGCACCGUGUACCAUGCAGUGAGAGGAACAAAAACAAAAUCUUUGGCUCUUCAACUAUUUUUGGCGUUUUCGAUAAUUCGAAAUUUUCAAACAAUAACACGUCCAGCAAAAAAGCACCAGAAACUGAUAACAUGCAUUUUUGGAUUGCGCGUCAUUGCUACUCUAUGGGUGAUCGUUGGUCAUUCCACCAUUUUUCUACAGGAUUUCUUAGUUAAUGUGGACGAAUACAGGGAUUCACUAAAACGGAACUUUUUUGGUCAGCUAGUGACAAACUGCUUUCUUAGUGUCGAAAUGUUCUUCCUUCUCAGCGGUAUCCUAACAUCAUAUGGUUGGUUCCGGACUGAGCCAGUAACCAUACGGCACUGGCUUCAAUUUUACUGGCAUCGUGUGGUGCGUAUUUGGCCAGCUUACGCAUAUGUGAUGUUUGUGGUAGUGUUGCGAUACUCGGUGAUGCACUAUCACCCGGUCUGGCAACUUGAUGAUCAGGGAGCAAAGUGUGCCAGCAACUGGUGGAAGAACCUGCUUUUCAUCAACAGUAUCACCGACAACAACUGCAUGCCCUGGUCAUGGUACAUUGGGACGGAGUUCAUUUUUCAUCUCCUGUCACCCGUUUAUCUGUUGUCUUUCAAUAAAUCCUGUGCGCUUGGUAUGACGCUAUCCAUACUAACUAUAUUUUCUUCCACAAUUCUAUAUGUUAUCAAAAUGUGUCAGUACAAUUUUGCUCCAGCGCAAAUGCUAUGGGUUAUGCCAGAAAUUUUCAACCUGGAUUUCAUGGAGCAACAUCGUGUUCUGUACAUAAAACCACAAUACCGUAUCAGCUCCUAUAUUAUCGGCUUGGCCUUGGGCUAUUUCCUGGCAACAAUUAACCAAAAGAGCCUAUCGCGUAGUGCAAUUUUUUGCGGCUGGCUAUUAUCUGCUCUGCUUGGCUUCUCGAGCUUAUUUGGACUUUAUCCAGCUUUACAGGGAUGGCACUGGUGGUCGUACCAUCUUUGCUACGCAGCUUUACAUCGCAUUGCAUGGGCUAUCGCCAUUGCUUGGCUUAUUUUUGUAUGUCACCAUGGCCAUGCUUACUAUUUGAACAAAAUCUUGAGUUUUCAUCUAUUCGUGCCCCUUUCCGCUAGCUGUUAUUCGGUAAGUCUCCACAUCUUCAAAUCGACUGGAAAAAUUACGACCGAGAUCAUUGAAAAAAUAUGA